AAGACCCGGAAGCGCUGAUCAGAGUCCCAGAUUGCACAGUUCAGGGACUGUGGGCCGUUUCCCUGUCAGGUUUUGCUUUUGUAACGUGUUCAGAGCCACGGCCUGCAGACAUGUCGGCCGUUAGGCUGAUGAGGGCCAUCAGGGUGAGCCAGUUCGGGGCUCCGUCAGUCCUCCAGCUGUGCCCAGAUGUGGCUGUCCCGCAGCCCGCUCAGGGACAGGUUCUGAUCCGUGUCCACGCCUGUGGGGUGAACCCUGUGGAGACCUACAUCCGCUCUGGAGCCUAUUCCCGGAAGCCGGCUCUGCCCUACACGCCGGGGUCUGAUGUAGCCGGAGUGGUGGAGGCCGUUGGAGAGGGAGUCAGCGUGGUCAAGCCGGGCGACCGUGUGUUCACCACGGCAACCGAGUCCGGAGGCUAUGCAGAGUAUGCAGUAGCAGCAGAGGACAGCGUCCACCGGCUGCCCGGAGCUCUGGACUUCACACAGGGGGCGGCCAUCGGCAUACCGUACUUCACCGCCUACAGAGCUCUGGUUCAUAAAGCUCACGCCAGAGCUGGAGAGACCGUCCUCAUCCAUGGAGCCAGCGGGGGGGUGGGGGUUGCUGCCUGCCAGCUGUCCCGGGCUCUGGGCCUCCGGGUGCUGGGGACGGCGGGGACUCCGGGGGGGAUGCAGCUGGCUCUGGACAACGGAGCCCACAGGGCCUUCAACCACCGAGAGGAGGGCUACACCGACCAAAUCAUGGAGGCCACCGGGGGCCGCGGAGUGGACGUGAUCGUGGAGAUGCUGUCCAACGUGAACCUGAGCAGCGACCUGCAGAUGCUGGCACUCUCCGGGCGGGUGGCGGUUGUUGGCUCCAGAGGCCCCGUAGAGAUCAAUCCCCGGGACACCAUGGCCAAAGAGAGCUGCAUCAUGGGAGUGGCCCUCUUCUUUGCCACGCCGGGUGAGAAACAGGAGUGUGCGGCGCUGGUUGCCGCGGGGAUGGAGGCGGGCUGGCUGCGUCCGGCGGUGGGCUCCAGGUAUCCGCUGGGGGAGGCCGCCCGGGCCCACCACGACAUCAUCCAGUCAGCCGGGGCUGCUGGGAAAGUGGUCCUGCUCAUGGAGUAGCCUCGGCUGCAGCCUGGAGGAGCCUCCCACAUCCAAGUCGGCCAUUUUGAUUAGGUCAUGUGACUAG